CUUGUGUAGUAUUAGAAAAGUAGGCAGAAGAGAACAGAAACACUGUGAACAUACUGACUGGAGUGGGUUAAUUUUUUACCAAGUACUUGACAGGUAUCGGUUAUACAACAGUUUUAACUGGAGGAAUACAGAAUGAGGAGAAAAUGAGUUCCAAAAAGAGGUGAAGGCUAGUCAUGGCUUUGUCUCAGCUUUGUCCUUUAUGUGACUUACCAGCAUCCUUGAAAACAGAGAGAGAAGACAAGGAAGGGAAAAGAGACAUAAGCAAAAAAAAAACCAAAACAAAAAAAAAACAAGAAAGCGGCUGAACAGACAUGAAUGACACCAUGGAAGACAAAAACCCUGAAGAAGACAACAAGGUGGCAAGACAGUUGAAGCUAUUACAGGGAAGUGAGAAGCAAAUGGAAAAUAGUGACAGUCAUAAUGUGCUUUUUCCUACUAGUGAUGAUGAUGAUGAUGAUGAUGACGACAAGCGACAGUUUGACAAGACAUCCUUUGAUAAUGAUAAUGAUGAAGAUGCUACUGACAGUGAAACCAGUGAGGAAUAUGAAGAAUAUCCAGAAAAGCUAUACUACUACCCAGCCUACCCAAACAGAGUUUUUCAAGCUUUGGAAGAAAUGAAACGAAUGUCUUUCCUCACUGAUCUCACCCUAAGAACUCAAAGUGGUGUUCAUUUCCAUGCUCACUCUUUGGUUCUGGCUGCCAUGAGCUCCCUUGUCCAGGAGAUGCUCCAACAAGUGAAUGAAAAGAAUGAGAGAGAUAGAUUUUUAUGUGUUGGUCCAGAAGUAUCUGAUUUGGGCAUAUCUACAGUGUUGGAGUUCACGUACACUGGAACCAUUUCUGAUUUGAACAGAGGAUCUUUAGCUGAAAUUCAGGUUGCAGCUCUCUAUCUGGGAGUUCCCAGGGUUUUGAAGCUCUGCAAAGAAGAAGAGGAAAGAGAGGGAAAGAAUGAUGGUGAUAAGAAGAUGGAGGAGAAAAAUAGUAGAAUCACUGCUGAAGAACAGAAGAUGGUCAGCUUGCAGUCCAUCAGGCAGCUGUGGGAUGAAAGAGUGGGCUGUGAUGUGGAGGUGGAGGCUGAUGGAAGAAUAUUUUGUGCACACAGGGUCAUUCUGAGUGCCAGCAGUGACUACUUUCGUGCAAUGUUCAGCAGCGGUAUGAAGGAAACCCACCAGACCUCAGUGUCCCUGCUGUUGAUGGGGGCACCUGAACUAGAAUCCCUUCUUCACUGCUGCUACAGCGGACAUCUGUUUCUUGAUUGGGGCUGCAUUUUCAAGCUCACCUCCACUGCUCUUCAGUUCCAAUUCCAACCGGCUCUGUCACUUUGCCUCAAUUUCAUGCAGCAGGAAAUGGAUGCUCACAGAUGUCUGGAUGUAGUUGCUUUUGCCGAGGCUUAUGAAAUGGGUGACUUGCAAGAAAUGGCGGAAGACUUUAUGCUUAGGCAUUUUGAGGAUGUAGCAGCCACUCUGAAGUUUCAGGACCUGCCAGUGGAGAAGCUGAAGAAAUAUCUGAGUAGCAACUGCCUCUGUGUAACAUCAGAGCUGUCUGUGUUCAGAGCAGUCGUAUCUUGGAUUGAAGCUGAUCCAAAGACUAGGGUGAAAGAAGCCAAUGAUCUAAUGAGAGCUGUCCUAUUUCCUCUCAUGACCUUUACAGAAUUCAGAGAAGUGAAGGUUAUAAUGUCAUGGCCACAAGUCAGCAAUAGGGACCUUUAUGAGUCCCUGUUUGAAGAAUUCUGUACCAGUACCUUUAAUUCCCAUUUAGGCUUUAGGACCUACCUUCCUAAAGAAACUUUGGUCCUAGUUGGUGGUGAAAGGAUCACUGAAAACCUUGAUAAACGCAUGCCCUGUAGGGAAAUAUGGUUCAGCAACUCCUUCCGUAACUAUGUUGGCCGAAUGAAAAGAGUUGAAUGGAGAAAACUGGGCGAAUUACCAGAGAAACCAAGAUUCUGUCAUAGUGUUGGAGUAAUAAGCGGGGAACUAUAUGUAGUUGGUGGUCGACAUUAUUACGGAAAGGAGGACACUAUGAAAUGCACCUAUAGGUAUAAUCCAAUCCAAAACAGUUGGCAAAAGUUGGCUGACAUGAAUGAGAGAAGGUGCAACUUUGCUCUUGUAGUUUUGGAUGGAAAAAUGUUUGCCAUAGGUGGAGACAAUGAUUCAGAGGUCAGCAUAGGAAGUGUAGAGGUCUACAGUCCUAUUACAGAUUAUUGGAGCUUUGUUCACCCUUUGGAUCAGUCCUUAAGUGGUCAUGCUGCCAGUGUAUUGAAUGGAGAGAUUUUCAUCUCAGGAGGCUUUGACAGUAGAUACCAGUGCCUGGCAUCCAUGCUGCUCUACCACCCAGAGAAAGGCACCACAGACCUUGUAGAUAUGUCCCAGAGCCGGGCUCUGCACUGCAUGGAGAGCUUGAAAGACUGCAUAUACGUAGCUGGUGGAGUCUCAGGUGUGGAUGGACAGUUAUUUGACCAGUUAGCCUGUGAGUUCUUUGAUCCAAUUAAUGGUUACUGGUAUACCAUUAUGCCCAUGUCUUUGCCUCAUGUCAGUGCAGCAUCUGCGGUGUUGGAAGGAAAGAUUUAUAUCAUUGGUGGCUAUUGCCAUGAAGAUUACAGCGACACAAAAGUGGUCCAUAGGUUUGAUCCUGCAACACAGCACUGGGAGAACUUGUGUGGAACCCCUGGCUCUAACACAUAUAUUGCUGCUUGUGUACUGGCUUUACCUCAUCACCUUAGACAAUAAAGACUUUUGGUUUAUCCAGCUCUAAAAUUUUGUUAGAAAUAAAGCUAAUUGUAAACUGUCAUAUAAUCUCCAAUCACACACUUGAGAUUAAUUUCUUUAAUGUAAUAUGCAUUACCAUACCUGUAAAAACACUUUAUAUAAUUAAAUAUGUUAAACACCACAAAAUAUAAAAAAAUUUUAACAGUGCUUUAGUCAGACAACAACUGCUUUCAUAUUUUCUUUUCACAAUAAAGUUAUAUACUUCA